AUGAGGUCGCUCUGCCUCCGACCUGCGGAGGGAUCACGCGGCAGUGGAGGGCAGAUAAAAAGCCCUUUGGACGAGGGUCGCCUCCGUCCUUGUUGUUCACUUGGGAGCAGUGGAGAGGAAAACGGUCCCCACGGGCGGACUUUGGCUUCUGGAGCCGCGGGGCUCAUCCGUCCAGGCCUCCCGGAGCCUCUGCUGGGUAUAGGGGAGGGGCAGCGGGGGAGGGGACUGGGAGAAGGGAUCUGGGGACGGGGGGCUGGAAGCGCUAAGGAGACCUGCUGGGAGGAUUUGCGUCAGCAGUUUGCUUGCAGAAAUAGAACUGUAUUUCGAGGAAAUCAAUCAAUCUGCAGGAAACAAAAAUGGAAGUCGAGGUUUGGGAAGAGUUGUCACUUCCCCGACUCGAGUGGUGCGGGCCAGGGGCGGAGACUUGGGGCCGCGGAGAGGCCCUUUCUCCCACCUCAGCUCGUUCCCAGACUUCCAGAAGGGAGAAGUACCCUCCUCACCCCUCUUCUUCCCCACACCCGUCCUCGCUCGCCCGCCGGCCCCUUUCCGCACCUCCUUCUCCCCUCAAGUGAGAAAAGCCUAGUUCCCGAGCCGGUGUACGCGGUUGCUUACCCCUCCCCGCUCCCACGCGGGUGCCCCCUCCAGCCAUCGCUACUGCCACCACCUCGGUUCCACUCAAUCGAUUUUUGCUGCAUGUCAACACUUAUUCCCGUUUGCAGCGGCACUGGACCCCCUGCACGCAGUCCUGGGCUGGAUCCUUUAUCCUUGUCCCUCUGGGGAGAUGAGACCAAGAGCCGCUUCCACUGUCCCGGAGAAGACAGUGGAGCAGAUACGGAAUGUGACUUGGAACCCCGGUUAGUGGCAAGCCGGUUCUUGGGCUCUUUCCUCCGUUCUACUACUGUCAACAGCCCCCUCAACUCUGCUUCCCUAGGCGGGUAUCUGGGUGAAGUUCCUGCACAUCGUUCUCGGUCCUCCCGGAUGAACUGGCAGGGCCUUCCCUAAUGUCACUUUACGAGGCCGCCUGCGCUGGGUUGAAGGAGAGUCUCCCCUGACUGACUCGUCCCGCUGCGUGCAGGCGCAGGAGGGGGGAGAGCCGAUGGGGACGACCCUGCAGGCCGUCCUGAGCGCCACAGACGGGGAUUUACCUGCCGAGUCCAAGGCGACAGACAACAGUCACUUUGUUAGAGAAUAAGAUAAUAUCAAACAAAAGAAAGUAAAAUAAAACCCUUCUUAUGAGGGC